AUGGUCUCGAGAACAUCUAGCGACGGGCCUCCUCCCGGGGGCGGCCGACAAUGGAAGUCGUUGAUCAACAAGAUUCCAAGACGAGGGAUCAAGAUAAUCAGUCAACAUCUUCCCGAGACAAGUACCUCCGAUAUCGAUCUCAACGCCAGAUCUCCCGAUGGCCAUUCUACGAACCCUCUUGAUAGUCAAGAGACUCAUAUCCGACAGCUGCAGUCUAUUGUCCAGCGAAUGCCUCGCAAUUUCCCCAAUACGCCGAACCACGUCGAUUCGGCUUAUAAAGAAUUUAAGAAGCACAAAGAGCAAUGCGCCAUGUUAUGUCGGCAUAUCCUGACAGAAGAGCUGGGCCGCUGUCCUCAUAACGGUAGCGAUCUUGUCCGUCGCGAUUCAACCCUCGACUCCCCCCAAAGUCCUGGUCAUAUAUACGAUACGAGAAGCUCUUUCAGUGGGAGAAGUCUCGCUGAGGUGGUUUCUGGAAGUCUCGGAAAGAGUAUACACCAGAGCGACGCUUGGCUAACGUCAGUGCGCGACUGGAAGAACUGGCUCGAGUUUCUGGCCGAUGCUUGCCGGACAUGUUUGAUCGAAACGUACAAGAACAACGAGCGCGAUGCGACACCAGAACAGGUGGAAGCGCUGUUCACGAAUAAGCGGUUUCGCAAGGAGGCUGUCCAGAGGAUGCGCAAUGCUAGCGUUACUCGGGUCAUGUCGGCAGACCCCCAAUUUGUGAGUUCUCCAGAUCAGAUCUUGAAGCGCAUCGCAACUGACUAUUUGCAGUUUCCAAAAUACGAAAUGAGAUUCUAUGACUAUGAGAGAAUAAGACAGGAGCUGUUAGAGAUUCGACAGCUCGUCCAGACAGGCGAAUCGGGCAUUUCCCCAGAUCGAACGAUUAAAGAAUUUGCCAUAUCACAGCGAGGCGAUGCUAUACUGGAGUUCGCCAACAGUGCGCCUGGAUGCAACCAUAGCGACCCGGCACUUCGUUUCAGAGUCUCUUCUUACAUGCUCGCAGAGACUUCACCCAUCUUUGCUCGCAUGUUUGCGGGGAACUCCAGUAGUCUUCAUCUUUACGACGACGACGAUAUAUCGUCGCAGUUGCCGUUGCCUCCAACAAAGUACUACUGCAAAGAUGGAUCCGAGGCUAAGCUCUACCGCAUGCCACAAGUCGAGCUGAACCAUUUGGAUUCCUUGGAGAUCUUGCUACACGGAGCGCACCACCAUAGCGAAAUGAUUCCACGAGAGAUUGAGUUUGAUAAGUUUGUUGCUAUCGCCGAGUGUUGUAUGAGAUAUAAGAGUACCUCGCCUUUAGAACUCAUCGUUGAACAUAGAUGGCUACCGCAAUGGAUGCACAAGGGAGCAGAUGAUAUGCCAGACGGUCUCUUGGUCAUCAGCUACGCCUUUGGCUUGCGCCGACUCUUCUCGCGCAUGUCAAAAACAACAAUUCUGAACCUUGUGGAUGAGAAGGAGCUACAAUCGAAGCCAUGGCCACAAAAGAUCAAAGACAAGAUCUGGGCUGUCCGCUGCGCAAAGGUGGCGCAGAUCCACGAGUGUUGUGUUAGUGCGAUUCGGGAGUACAUGCGAGAGCCGACACACAACACACCCGACCAAGUCGAACCCACGCCGCUGAAUUCCAGCUUCUCCCCGGAUGCUCUACCUCCGAUGAUGCUGACUAGCACCCCGCGAUGUCCCAAGGGCAGCCAUUGGUGCGACGCCACGAAUCUUGGCUGGCUGAUGCUACUCUACAACGAGAUGAACCUUUUGCCUUAUAUCAUGUCGACGGAUGUGCUUUCUCAUCUAUCCAGGUCGCAGCCACAAUCGAAAAGCCUGGCGCAGAUUGUGGAUGCGUUGAGGAGGAUUCCAGCACCGCCGACGCCAGUGCAUCGAGGCGUUUGUGAUCCAGGUCCGGUGUUUCGCUCUGCUAUUAGUGAUAUCUACAACAGUGUACUGGGCUUGACACUUUUCGACAUUAGCGGCAAAAGUCACGGCUGGGGCUUGUCAAAGCACAAGGAAAGAGAACCCCAAACUCAACUCAAUGAAAGGCUCAAUCGUAUGGCCGCGCAUGAUCCUGAUUAUAGUGUCGCUACAGAAUUCCCGGAGAUUAUUCGCCUUCGCAUUAUGUGUCAACUGGACGAGCUGGAUGACCUUCACUCAGCAGCUAUGGUCAGUCGGGCAUACUACGAGACGUACAAGAAGCAUGAGCUUUAUCUUAUGAGGAAUAUUCUCCGUAUGGAUCGAAAACGAUCGACCAUUCAGCACCACAUCCCAAUCGGACCCAACACAAACGAAGAAAAGGUCCUCAGGGAGGAAUCCGAUGUUCUUAAGCGGACACCGGCCGAUACUGCGGAUGGUAUUACUCUUCAUAGUGUGGUCGAGAGUGAAGAGGAUUACACAGACUCUGAUGAUGAUAGCGACAGUCUGUACUCAACAUCAGUAACCCGGUCACUUCCCCGAUCAGCAGCUACCACAAGCACAACAACCAGGGGACUAGACUACCAGGGAUCGUCAGACCUUGCACUGAUCACAGACAGUCCCGCACGGACACCAAGGGCCCGAACCGGUACACCAACAUCCUCGUCCCGAUCCCCGACAACCCCUCGACAAGCCGUGUUCGACCCACCACCUGCUCCGGCUGCCGCAUCGCCUGUACUUACAAUCGACGAACCACCUCUCACAGUUGAAGAAGCUCAUCGAAUUCUCUGGCCAGACGACGCGAUCAAGGCAUCUGAACUACCACUGCCUACAGCUCAUCCUGGUGCAGAAGGCAUUCGUGAGAAAUUCCGCGCUGGUGAUCCAGCUUUUCACCUGGGGUUAGAAGAAAAGACUCUUGUUCCAACGGGUGAAAAACAACUUAGGAGUGAACAUGAUCGACAAGUUGGGCUGUUGAAGGGGGGCGAACCGAGUAAAUGA